AUGUCCCUUCGCCAAAGUAAACUCUCAUUCGGUCCCAAGGCACCUUUGGUGGCGUCAGGCUCUAAUGGCACAAAGGACUUGGAAAAGAAGGAGAGGCCAGUGGAGACUCAUUCAGCCGCCAAGGCAUUCGACAGUACAAAGGUCGAAAUCACCGAGGAUACAGCUAUGAAUGAGGAUACCGAGACAGCCAAUGUGAGCGUCAAGAAGAGGCGCCGCAGAAUCCUCGAGUCUGACGAUGAAGAAGAAGUUGCUGUCGAGGAAAAGACGGAAGCAGUCGAGGAACAGCCGUCGACUCAGGAGCACAGAGAUGAGGAACUCACAGCUACGACAAAACGUCUCAAGCUGGAUCCUACCUCGCCCAAGAAGCCCAAGGCACAACCAAUCGCGGGCAAAGAACCAGUAGCCACUAAGCCCGCAGCACCAACAAAAGAUGUCAAGGAUGUCAAGGAUCAGGAAGAUGAUGUCAAGGAUCAGGAAGAGGAGGUCAAGAAGCCAGCAGAGGAUGAGGACGAAAUUGACGUCAAAGUCGAAGUGGACGAAAUUGAGCAGGAAAAGGAGUCUGCCGCGAAAUUGGCCGACAUGUUCUCGAAAUCGACCAGCAACGUAGAAUCUGCAUCUUGGAAGAAGGGCGAGCCUGUCCCAUAUGCCGCACUGUGCCACACAUUCGAGCAGAUCGAGGAUACCACCAAGCGCCUUCAGAUUCUGGACUAUCUUGUUAAAUUCCUUAUUUCUGUCAUCAAGCUCAGCCCUGAGAGUCUUCUCACUGUCAUUUAUUUGUCCAUCAACAAGUUGUGCCCAGAAUACGAAGGACUUGAACUGGGAAUUGGCGAGUCCCUUCUUUUGAAGGCUAUCGCAGAAUCGACUGGAAGAGAGAUGAAGAAGAUCAAGGCUGACUAUGCAGAGAUCGGAGACCUAGGUGUCAUUGCUAUGAACAGCAGAACCAACCAGCCAACCAUGUUCAAACCCAAGGCACUUACCAUCCCGCACGUCUUCAAAACCCUCAAGGACAUCGCCUCUUUGACGGGAAACUCGUCACAAAAACAAAAGGUCGACAAGAUCAAAUUGAUGCUGGUGUCAUGUCGUAACAAGGAGGCCAAAUAUUUGAUGCGCUCGCUCGAGGGAAAACUCAGAAUCGGACUUGCUGAGAGGACAGUUGUUGUCGCCCUUGCCCAAGCCAUUGUCCUGUCGCGUCCCAGCACAGCACUGGCACAGCUACUAAAUAACUUCUUGACUGCGCCUUUAGAUAUCAAGAAGCUGUCCAAAGAGAAAAUGCAACUGGAGCUGGAGGAGGCUGCCUCUGUUGUCAAAUCUGUAUACAGCGAACUACCAUGCUACGAUCUCAUUGUACCGGCACUUCUUAAGGGCGAUAUCAACGGUCUGAAAGAUGCCUGCAAGUUGACCCCAGGCAUCCCAUUGAAGCCCAUGUUGGCACAUCCUACCAAGGCGCUGACGGAUAUUCUGGACCGAUUCGAAAAUAUUGCGUUCACUUGCGAGUAUAAGUACGACGGAGAGCGCGCACAGAUUCACAAGCUGGAGGACGGAUCUAUGAGAAUCUACAGUCGAAACUCUGAAAACAUGUCCAACAAAUACCCCGAUGUCAUGGAGCGUCUUGGCAAGUUUGCAACGCCGAACACGACGUCGUUUGUUUUGGAUUGUGAGGCUGUGGCGUGGGAUCGUGAACAGAAAUGCAUUCUGCCCUUCCAGGUUCUGAGCACAAGGAAACGUAAGGAUGUCAAGGAGGAGGAUAUCAAGGUACAGGUCUGCAUCUUUACAUUCGAUCUGCUGUACCUCAACGGCGAGUCUCUUCUUCGUGAACCACUUGCGAAGCGCCGCGAACUCUUACUGGAGCACUUCAACGAGAUCGAUGGCGAAUUUGCAUUUGCCAAGAGUAUGAACUCUACACAGAUCGAGGAUAUUCAAAUCUUUUUGGACCAGAGUGUGGCCGACAACUGUGAGGGUUUGAUGGUCAAAACCUUGAACGGUACCGAGGCGACUUAUGAGCCUUCAAAGAGAUCUCGGAACUGGCUUAAGGUCAAGAAGGAUUAUCUAGCGGGUGUGGGAGAUUCGAUCGACUUGGUCGUUAUUGGAGCCUAUGUCGGACGUGGAAAGCGUACGGGGGUCUAUGGAGGAUACCUGUUGGCAUGCUAUGACCCUGAUCGGGAGGAGUACCAGUCGAUCUGCAAGAUCGGGACGGGAUUUAGUGAACAGGAUUUGGAGGACCACCACAAGGAUCUGAAGGAGCAUGUGAUUCCGGAACCAAAGUCGUACUAUAUGCUUGGAGAGGGCAACAAGCCCGAUGUCUGGUUUGCCCCUGUUCGAGUCUGGGAGAUCAAGUGUGCAGAUCUGUCGGUCAGCCCUGUGUACAAGGCUGCGGUGGGCAUUGUGGACUCCAACAAGGGUAUCUCGCUUCGUUUCCCGCGAUUCAUCCGUCUCCGUGAUGACAAGACACCCGAGAACGCGACUUCGAGCGAGCAGAUUGCGGAGAUGUAUAACGACCAGAAGCUGAACACCGUCAAGAACGAUACCAGCAUGGGCGUCGACAUGGAUUUCGAUUACUAG